AUGCAUAUAGGGGAGUGUACCAUCACCUUACAGGACGUAGCCAUCAUACUUGGGCUCCGCAUCGAUGGCCCGGCAGUUACGGGCAGCGAAGACCAUAAUUGGGCUAAGGGAGAUAUACCAGCAGAUGCCUCCAUUGAGACGUUUGAGUUUCACGCUCGUGCAUACAUACUGCACAUGAUAGGGUGCAUGCUAUUUUCUGAUGCGAGCAAGACUCUUGUACAUGCACGAUGGCUGCCACUGCUGCAGGAUUUUGGUGUAUGCAGCGCACUAUCGUGGGGCAGUGCGGUGUUGGCAUACUUGUAUAGAGAACUGGGUAGAGUAUCCUUAAUGCAGAAUAAAGAAUUCAAGGGAUGCUGCACAUUGAUCCAGAUUUGGUCAUGGGAGUGCAUUCAUGUUGGCAGACCAACUUUGCUUGUGCAUCGUGACUUACAGGGACGGUUUCCUUUAGCAUACAAAUGGAUCACGUGUGACCCACAGCCAUCAGUUGGACACAUGUCACGCCCACCGACAGACAGUUACAUCCCUAGUGGGAUGAUCGAGAGAGAUUAUGUCCAUACUUUUGAUAGCAUUGAAGAUGAUAUUGAUGCGCACAUGCCUAAGAUUUAG